UUGCAUCUAAAACGUUUCAGAAUCAUCAUAAUUUUUGAAUUACAGAUCAAGCCCUUCCAUUGCGAUCAAGAACUUGGCCGAUCGUUCUUCGAAGCUCGUAUCACACCAGUGAACGAUCCAUCUUUGAGAGUGAGCUGGCUAAAAGAUGGGCAUGCGUUGCCAAAUGCGAAUAGGAUACAGACCUUCCAUAACUUCGGCUGUGUAUCACUGUCAUUGAAUCCAACCUAUCCAGAAGAUGCAGGAACCUACACUUGUGUGCUCUUCAACGCUCAUGGACAAGCCCAAUGCUCCGCCGAUCUCACUACGGUGCAAAUGCCAACUCUCCAAACCGAUAGCAAGCAUCAGGAUAGUCUUCAAAUCAUCGGAUACUUGGAUACUAAAAUCGAAUGCAAUGAAAAUGAUCCAGUCCAUUUCGAAGCCAGACUUCAACCCGCCAAUGACCCAAAGAUGACCGUGGAAUGGUAUCACAAUGGCGCACCUUUGGCAGCAGCCCAUCGAUUCCGACCUAUGUUUGAUUUUGGAUAUGUUGCACUGGACAUCCUUUAUGCCUACCCUGAAGAUAGUGGAACCUAUACUUUGGUUGCCAGAAAUGAGCUUGGUGAAGCGCAAUGUAAUCUGGACCUGAUUGUGAACAGCUCCAAGACUCUCUAUCUUGACCCGAAUCAUCCUGAGGGAUUGCAGAGAAUUCAGGUGCAUAUUGGGCCUCAAGAGGUAGAUCGCCCGGAAGAAUUCCAAUCCCUGGACACUCCUCGCUUUGUUCGCCCAUUGUCAGCUAAGAUUGAAUGCAAUGAAAAUGACCCAGUCCAUUUCGAAGCCAGACUCCAACCUGCCAAUGACCCGAAAAUGACCGUGGAAUGGUAUCACAAUGGCGCACCAUUGGCAGCAGCCCAUCGAUUCCGACCAAUGUUUGAUUUUGGCUAUGUUGCACUGGACAUCCUUUAUGCUUAUCCUGAAGAUAGUGGAACCUAUACUUUGGUAGCCAGAAACGAGCUUGGUGAAGCGCAAUGUAACCUAGACCUAAUUGUGAACAGCUCUAAAACUCUCUACCUUGACCCGAAUCAUCCCGAAGGACUGCAGAGAAUCCAGGAACUUGAGCAAGAUCGUCGCCAAGGCCUCCCAGAGGUUGAAGAUCGCACCUGUGAUGCUGCGCCUCAAAUCCUAGGGGACCUCAGAGACCAAAAUCUGAACGAGCACGAUAAUAUCCAUAUGGAUGUUAAGGUAACCCCAGUACACGACCCGACAAUGGUUGUGGAAUGGUUUGUAGAUGGACGGCAAGUGAUUACUGGAAGUCGUGUAAAGACAUUGAAUGAAUUCGGCUUUGUAACCCCAGUACACGACCCGACAAUGGUUGUGGAAUGGUUUGUAGAUGGACGGCAGGUGAUUACUGGAAGUCGUGUAAAGACACUGAACGAAUUCGGCUUUGUUGCUUUGGAUAUUACGGGUGCAAUUGCCGAAGAUUCUGGAACGUACACUCUUCGAGUAAAGAACGCUCUUGGUGAAGCAACUCGACAGUGUAACAUCACUGUUAAUCCCGCUGGCCAAGUGAUUUCUGAUACACAUCACGAAGAAUCCUUGGACAAGAUCAACUACUUGGAGAAUUUGGACAAAUAUGGAAGAAGAGAAAUCGAGGACCAUGGGCCAGAUAUGGCUCCUAUGUUUGUUGUACCUUUGGAAGCGGACAUGGGAGAGGUCGAAGAAGGCGAACCUAUUCAUCUCGAAUGUCAAGUUAAACCUACAAACGACAACACCCUUAAAGUUACCUGGCUGCGUAAUGGAGCUCCUAUCCCUCAU